AUGGUCCAGGUGAUCAAGCAGAUUGACUUGAGCAUCCUCUCUCCGAUGGCACUGGAGGAAUCCCAUAAAGAAGUCGGCGUACUCCGACAAUUGACUCACAGACACAUCGUUGCAUAUUUUGACACUUUUGUCAAGAGCAAUAGCCUGUACAUUGUGAUGGAGUAUGCAGAUGGUGGUGAUCUUGCAUCCUUAAUCAAGCAGCACAAGGAUGACGAGACACCAUUCACUGAAGCAAGUGCUAUGACUAUUUUUGGCCAAUGCCUUUUGGCACUUCAAUAUAUUCAUUCGAAGCACAUUCUCCACCGCGACAUCAAGUCACAGAACAUUUUCAUGAUGCAAGCCGGCGAUGCCAAGAUAGGAGAUUUCGGAAUCUCGAAAGUUAUCGAGGGCACAACCGCUGCAGCUGGCACUGUCGUCGGAACGCCUUCUUAUUUUGCGCCAGAGAUUUGCGAAGACAAGCCUUACAAUUCUAAGAUUGAUAUUUGGUCAAUGGGCGUUGUGCUCUACGAGAUGCUGGCGUUGGCGCAGCCAUUUGCCGCAUCAAAUGUUGCUGCCAUGAUCAUGAAGAUAGUCAAUGCAGAGCCAGCCCCGUUGCCCCCAGAUUGGCGCCCAGAAGUUUGCGACGUUGUUCGACGCGCCCUCAAUAAAAAUGCCGAUGAGCGACCAAACGCAGAGGAUUUGCUUGCACUCCCCGCUGCAACUUGGCAGGCCGUGUUGCCGCAUGCGGAUCAGACAACGGUUCUUUCAAUGGACCAUUUUGAGAAGAUCGAUACUCUUGGACGAGGAGCACAUGGUAUUGCCAUUUUGGUGAAACAGAAAUUUGCUGGCAGCUCUGCGGCUUUGCGUGUUGUAAAGACUGUUGACUUCAGCCGGAUGUCGGAAGAGGCUCAGAAAGGUGCUAAAGAUGAGGUUGCCCUGUUGCGUCGACUAGCACAUCCGCACAUCAUUGCCUACUAUGAUGCAUUCUUUGAGGCUGACCAGCUGCACAUUGUCUUUAGAGUAUGCUGA